AACGCCACGAAAAUUUCGCCUCUGCCUUCGUGUGUAAUUGUGCUUGGGAACUCGUCGGCUGGUCUGAAAAACUCUCGGUUGGAAACACUCGAUUGGGAAUUGGUGGUCUCACUUAAUUUUCUGUGCUUGGAGACUUCACUUCGCGUUUGGAGGAUCAGAUCCACGUUUAUUCCGUCAGGCGACUUGCUAAAUAAAAAAAAAAAAUUAAAUAAAUUAAUCGACACGCGCUCCCCUCCAUCUCUUCUCUCGCCCGCUCGUUAUAUUGUUGCGUCGGUGUGUGUGCCGCGAUUAAUAAUUAAAUUAAAUAAAAAAAAAAGGAAAAUUUUCCAGCAUUUUGAAGCUGGGAAAUCGCAGGACGCAGCUACACUGCACUGCGCGUCGUGUGUGAAAUUUUAUUUAAAAAAAAAAAGCCAAGUCCUGGUCUAAUCCACAAACCGAAUAAUAAAAAAAAAAUAUAAAAAAAAAUAAAGCCUUGGAAAAACAACUGCGUCGUGCACCAUUUUGUGAUAUAUUAUUUGCCCCCCCCUCCCUGUGCAAUUCUCUAAAGUUAAAAUAAUUACUAGCAAUUGGUUUCUGCGGAAGCCAUCAUCGACAAAAUUCAACAACUGUGAUUCCAAACUCUGAGUUUUUGUUUCAAACUCGUAAAAUUCUCAUCAGAAAAACUGAAAACGUGCACCGCCAUUAAUUUGCUGCAGUCACGAAGCGAAAAACAAGCAUAGCUUAAUAAUUGGACGAACUGAUUAAACAACAGUUAAAACAACGGCGCGGAUCAACAGUUGAUAGUUUCUGGUUGCUGGUUGCAAGUUGCGCGUUGCACGUUGCCCGUUGCCGAUUGCACGCUUCCACGACUGAGAAAUAGCAGGAAGGAAAGGAGUAGUAGUCCCGAGUCACUGCAGGAAGCAGACGAAACUUCGCUGGGCGAAAGUAAAAAAAAAGCGGAUAAGCAAAUCGCAGAUCGCAACUCGCAACUCGCGAAUCGCGAUUUAAACAAAGAAACCGCACACACACACACACACAUACCUAACACAGGCGCCUUAGCCAUGGAACGUGAAUCCAAUCCAAUGCAACCCAUGUGCCGCUCCGGUUGCGGCUUCUAUGGUAACCCAGCCACAGAUGGUCUCUGCUCCGUAUGCUACAAGGACUCGCUUAGGAAAAAGCAACAGCCACCUGUGAGCAGCACACCUGUCUCAGUUCCAAGCCCACAACCUAGCCCCACAUUCAGUCCGGCCAUUGCAAUCACCAACACCGCACAGCCCACAGUCACCAGCUUACAACAGCCACACAACGAUGUCAAAGAGAAAAUCACCGAAGAAGCCGCCGCUGCUGCCAAAGUCAAUAGCGAAGCCAUCACAUCGGCGACCGGUCCAAAUACUUCCACACAAGCAGCCGCCUCCGCCAAUGAGGACGACAAGGACAAGGAAGACGAUAAGGAUGCCAAAAAGAAGAAGAAUCGAUGUGGUGAAUGCCGCAAGAAGGUUGGCCUGACCGGUUUCCAGUGUCGUUGCGGCGGUCUGUACUGCGCCGUGCACCGUUAUUCUGAUAAACAUAACUGCACAUUCGAUUACAGAGAGCAUGGCGCACAAGAGAUCCGACGCAAUAAUCCCGUUGUCGUUGGCGAGAAAAUUCAAAAGAUUUGAAUUUUGAUAUUGUGCCAGUAACAGUAACAGUAAACAGUAAACAGUAGCCGUAGAAUGAUAAUAACCAACCUACCCAUCAUAAGAGUAUAAUAUAUAUGCUACAACAACAACAAUAUGAGCAGCAACGGAGCAUUAAAAAAAAAACACACCAAAACACACACACUCAUACACAACACAAACACACACACACUCCUCACACACACAAGAAAACACAGAGAGUAAUACUAUAAAAUCGAUAUAAAAACUGUAAUUGUAAUGUAAUUAUAAUGUAAACAGCAAAAAACAAGCAACAAUAGUACAGAGAAACGAUAACCAAAAACCCCGCAAAAAUACAACAACAACUGGAACAACAAUUUCGAUGCUCAACAACGUCGUCAGCGAGCAACACACAUAUGAGAGGCGGAAGGAGCAACAGGUAGCAGCAGCAGCAGCAGCAGCAGCAGCAUCAUCAUCAACCAGUAGUAGUUACAUGCAACAUGCAACAUACAUGCAGCGGAAAGCAACCAGACAGCGUUCGUCAGCAGUUAACAAACAUCUUGAACCAGACGCGUAACAGCGUUAGCAAGUGAAACAACAAUUGUUGCAUCAGUUUGUUGCAUCAACAACAACAAACAACAUCAGCAGGUGCAGCAGCGACAACAUCCGCGCAGGAACUUCUGGACUGAUUUUGGAAAAUAUUCGCUUAAAAACCGUCGCAGCCACCGCCGCCGCCGCCGCCUAUUCGCCUAAACGUUGAAAAUGUUUUGUUAAUUCAAAAAUACAAUUUAAAAUUGUUUGUAUUCAAUUAGAAAAAACACACACACACACACCCAACCAACACAACACACCGCCACAAUUACAAUUGCAACGACAACAAGCACACAACUAAAAAAAAAAAACCAUUGUUUCAAGUUACAUACAACGCAAAAAAACCUUUUAAGUAAGACGAUGUGUGUCAUUUGUUUUUGUAAUAUGUUGGAGUGUAUUAAAUAAAAAAAAAAAAAUCAAAAACGAAAAUAAUAAGAAAAUUAAUGCUAAAAAAAAGCCAAGAAAUGGAUAAGAAAUUUAACAACAAACCCAAAUUCACAUACAAAACCAAGAAACCAACUCUUUCUCAAUUCUUAAUUAUCAGCUACUAAUGAAAGUAUAAAAAACAAAAAACAAAAAUAUAUAUUAAUUAAUUAUGUAUAUGUAUUAAAAGAAAAAAAAAACAAAAAAAAAUUUGCAAAAUUAAGCGUAAAAAAACAAAAACCCUCACCACAAAAAAAAAAUGUAAAAAAACAAAAAACAUUAAGAAAUGAAACCAAGAAUAACGCAAUUGUGUAGAAGAGAUCCUUUAACAAUUUGCUUUGAGCCACGACCACUUUAAGGAUAAUGGGGCGAAAGUUUCGAGCGAGAGAAAGAGAAAGAAAAACGUUUAGAGGGAGAAAGAGAGAGAGAGAGAGAAGCGCGUGUAGUGUAAAGCAACUUGGAGCAUAGAGCUCCUCCUAUACAUAGAAAUAUAUAUAUAUAUAAUUAUGAUUAAUUAGUGAAUCAAAGCAGGCGAAUGCGAAUGCAGUGCAAGCGGCGUUUUUUUCUUCGUUUAAUAUUUGCCUCCCCCCGCCCCCACCUCCCUGUCCCCCUGUCUAACAUAAAAUUGAAUUGAUUUUGAUUUUUGAUUUUUCGAUGAAUUACAUAUAUAUAUAUGAGUAAUAUUAACUAAAUCUGCGUCUAUAUAUGGUAGGAUAUGUAAAAUGGUGUGCCGCAUACACACGCGUAUCAUUUUCUUUUUUUUUUUUUGGGUAAAAAACAAAAAAAAACCAGAUUACAAAAAAAAAUCCACACAUAUUCUAUAUAUAUAUAGGGAUAACAAAAAAGAAAAUUUAACAAAAAAUGGCAACAGCAAAAAAAAAAAAAUGCAAAAAAUACAAUAAAUAUAUAUGGUUCGUCUUUAGGUUUUUAUUGCUUUAAGCGUUAUUUAGUUUUUCUUUGUUUGUAUUAAAAAAAAAAACACAUGCGUACACAACAAAACCUUUUAAUUUUUGCUUUCUUCAUUUUGUAGUACAUAAUUUAAAAUUUUAUUCAAACCAAGUACAUCUAUGCAAAUAAAUUUAAAUGUAGACAUAAAUUGUGUUGUUAACCCCUAAAACAAAAAUAUACAAAAUACAAAAAAUUUAACAAAAAAAAAAAUCAAACAAAAAUUUAAGUAAAACUAAACUUAUCUAUAACCAAAAGGAAAUGUUGCAAUAAAUUUUGAUUCUAUUAUUAAAAAAAAAAAAAACAAAAUGUUCACACGACCAACAACUCCUAUAUGCAUAUUUGGCACAGAACUGAAUAAAAUCGUUUCGCAGCAGGUGCAAAUAAAAGCUCGCCUUAAACCAGAGUUCUAUCUGUCAGAUGAUGAUGGUUUGCGAUUGUCCUGGGAGAGUCCCCUGAUUAUUUGGAGGCAUUUCUAUUAACGAUUCGAUGGAGUCGGAAUCUCGGGGGCAACAAGGGUCACUUACUGAUUAGAGAGAUUCCUGAGAGCUCACUUAGCUCACUGGAAAGCGCAAUCCCACAAUAGUCAAAAGUCCAACCAUAUGGUGUGUUUAGUGAAAAACAAUUCAACUGUACAAAAAUCAGAAUUCUAUAAAUGAACUUCAAUAUAAUUUUUAAACUCAAGAGAUGCAAACUAUUUGUGCAAAAUAUAAAUCGCAACUGAAAAACUUUAAUCUAUAACUAAAAAACAAAAAAAACAAGAACAGCAAAAUGUCAUUUUAAUUUUAAUUUUUCCACAAUAAUACAUAAAUUAAAUCUUUACAUAUACGUAUAUCAUAAUUUUAUUCAUUAAUGGCUUAAAAAUUAAUUAGUAAAAUUGUAUGCACACACAGAACACAGAAAAUGGGGAGAAUUCAAAAAAAUAUAUAUGGAACAAGUUUAAAGUUUAAACACGUUUAAAAACAUUUAAAACUGAUUUAAUAUCUUUGUAUGCACGGAAGUUGGUUAAGAAUUAAAAAAUAAAAUACAGUUUAAAUUGAUUUAAAUUUUAAAACAAUGCAAAUAAGUUCUUUAUUCUUUGCAUAGUUGUAGUUUUCAUUUUUACAAUAAUUUUUAAAUGCUUUAGUGUGCUUUUAGUUGAAAUUUUGUUUAUAAAUAUAUAUAUAUAUAUAUUUAAAGAACGAUUUAAAAGUGAAAAGGCAAAUAAUAAGUAUAAUUAAGCUGAACAAGCUUUUAUGAGUAAUAACAAGCAGCAGCGUUAAUUCUAGUAAUUCUACUAAUAUUACCAAAAUAAAUAUUAUUUUUGUUGUGUGCACCUCUUAGUCACUUUUGCGCUUAUAAGCUUAACAAACAUACAAAAACACAACACGAUCCCUAGACCGACCGCCCGUCCCUCCCCAAAUAUAAUAAUCCCUAUCCCCCCAGAUCUUUAUCCGCUAAAAUUGAUUUGUUUUAAUUAAUUUCUUUGCUAUUGCUAGCCGAAUUCGAUGUUUGUUUGAUUCUUACUUUUGGAUAUAUGAAAUGUAAAGUGUUUUGUUUAAAUCAGAAAUGGAAACGAAACGAAAUUAGUCGAUAUAAGCGUAUGAAUGGGAUAUACUGAACUUGAAUGCAUCCAAUAUCUAAAAAAAAAAUCUUAUGCAUAUAUAAAUAUUGUACUAAUGUGUAAUUGUAAUUAAAAACAAAAAACGACGACGACGAAGGGGAGAAUAUUUGCAGCCAGAUGGGGUAAUAAGUGGGGAAAAACAGUGAACAUAUAUUUAACACAGAAAUGGUAAAGCUAGAAAAUCUAAAUAGAAAUAGAUAUACAUAUAUAUACCUAUAUAUGAGCCUCAGAUCUGGGCGUAUAUAAGAGCAACAACUAUUUUAAUUAAACUUAAACAAAUGCAUAAACAAAUACAAUAAACUAGAAGAUACAAGAGCAACCACAACAAAUUUGAAAGCGACACGUAACGUAACAAAAGAGAACAAUAUAAACUUCAAAAUUUAUAUAUAUCUAUCUCGAUAAUGUUCAAUAAAAAGCGAUUAAAUGAUUUUUAAAAACAA